AUGGGAUUAGUGUCUCUGAUAGAGCUAACAUCCUAUAAUGAGGCGCUUCAAGACAAAGAAUUGAUUAUGGAAAUGGAAAAAGAACUUGAUCAAUUUGAAAAGAAUGAUGUCUGGGAUCUUGUACCAAAGCCAAAAGGUACACACGUCAUUGGAACAAAAGAAGCUGGAGAGAGGCUACAUGAUCGUCUGGCCAGAGAGGCAGAAGCAAAAACUUGCAGAGAAGCUGAGGAAAAGGCUCGUCUGGAAGAAGAAGAGAGCGCAAGAGAAGUUGCAGAAAAGGCCGCUGCUGAGGCUGUUGCUGUUGUUGAAGCUGAAGCCAAAGCCAAGGCUGACGCUGAAAAAGCAGCACGCAUUGCUACGGAAGAAGCUGGCAAGGCUAGGUACACUGCUCUGACUCAAGGGGAGAAAUCUCACUCUGAUUUCGCUCCUCUUGUGUUGAAGACUCUGGAAGAACUCCAGAAAGAGCAACAAAUUAUGAGAGCAAGACUGGAUCAACAGGACUCCGUCAACUCCAACAUUCAGAAAUUGUUGACUCAAUUGCUUCAGAGGAUGCCGCCUCCUCCGAACCCUUAG